AUGACGACUGGAAACUUUCGCUACCUGGAUCCGGCGACGCUCGGUGGUGCAGGGAGCAAGCCUUGGGCCAAAGUUGACACGGACGUCACCUCCUUCAGCCGCACUGAGCGGCGGCGAUCUGUUGCUAAUAUCCGCGACGCCGGCGAGGACUUCGGUACUGACGUGUCCGGGUUUGCCGUGUACAAUUGCCCGGCAAAGGAAAAGGAGUUCACCGACGACGCGGCAGUGCGGAGCGGGUACUAUGCUGAGGUAGAGGCGCUGUUGCGGGAGAAGUUGCCCGGCGUGAAGAAGGUUGUCAUCUUUGACCACACAAUCCGAAGGAGGGUUAAGGACAGCCCGAGACAGCCGGUGCAGCAGGUGCACGUCGACCAGACUCCCGGCGCGGCGGAGGCACGUCCCGGGGACGAGGCGGAGGAGUUGUUAAAAGGGAGGUAUCAAAUCAUCAAUGUGUGGAGACCGAUCGGACACCCGGCGAGUGACUUCCCGUUGGCGGUCAUUGACUGGCGGUCUACCGAGCCAAAGGACCUCAUUGCAGUGGACUUGUUGUAUCCUAAGAGAACGGAUGCAGACGAUGAUGACCGGGGCAAGGAGGUGCUUCCGGAUCCAAGUCUGGCGCAGUCAACAGAGGGCUAUGAAGUGAAGGGCGUCUCUGAACUUGUUGACAAUGGUCCAGGUGAAACCUAUUCUGUUGCGCCGAGCGACAAGCACAAACUCUACUACGCCAAGGAUAUGACGCCCGACGAGGCAAUGUUCAUUAAGUGCUUCGACUCAAGGAGCCAAGGACGACCCGGAGGAAAGCCAGGGGUCGCGGACUACACGCCCCACACUGCCUUUGUUGACCCGAACACGCCUGCGGAUGCCAAGGGUCGGCAGAGCAUUGAGGUCAGAUGCUUGGUGUUCUACGACUAA